AUGUCGUCCUUCCUGUCCAACUCAACAAAUCAAUCGAAGCUCCAGCUUGCGACAGUCGCUCUCGCCUCUGCGGCUGUUACUGCUGGCACAAUCUACGGCUAUCAGCAAUCCCGCCAUGGCGAGCGCCUCAAUCGCCUGAAGAAGUCCAUUCCCAACCCAGCUGGCGAUGCUGAGCCCGAAUUGCAGAAGGCAAGCUUGUUUCCCCAUAUUCUCAACGAUCUUCGCAGAACCAAUGGAACGCAUAGCCUAACGGUAACCCGCCAAGGCCCCGUCCCUAAGCUCGACCGCGAAGAUGAACACAACCAAGCGCUCGCCCACCGGGCGCAAAACGGCGACUUUGACGACGAACUGAUUCUCGAGCAACUCGCGCGCAACCGCGUCUUCUUAGGAGACGAAGGGCUCGCCAAGUUGCGCAACUCCUUCGUCGUUAUCGUCGGCUGUGGCGGCGUCGGUUCGCACGCCGCCACCACGCUCGCCCGCUCUGGUGUUUCCAAGCUGCGCCUGAUCGACUUUGACCAGGUCACUCUCUCUUCUCUGAACCGCCACGCCGUGGCCACGCUCGCCGACGUCGGCCUGCCCAAGGUGCAAUGCCUGCAGCGCCGGCUGAUCGCCAUCACACCGUGGGUGCGGUUCGACCUGCGCCUGCAAAAGUUCGACGGGAGCGUCGCUCCGGAGUUGCUCGGUGCAUGGGAGAAGGAUGGGCAAAUGCCUGACUUCGUCAUUGACGCCAUUGAUAACAUCGACUCCAAGGUGGAGCUGCUCAAGUACUGCUACGACAACAACCUUCCCGUUAUCUCAUCUAUGGGUGCCGGCACCAAGAGUGAUCCCACGAGGAUCAUGGUCGGUGACAUUGGCACCAGCACGGACGACGGUCUUUCGCGCGCUACCAGGCGUCGUUUGAAGCUGCUCGGUGUUACCAGCGGUAUUCCCGUGGUGUACUCGACGGAAAAGAUGGGCGAGGGUAAGGCGGCCCUUUUGCCGCUGCCCGAGGACGAGUUCAAGAAGGGUGAUGUAGGCGACUUGGCGGCGCUGCCGGAUUUCCGCGUGCGUAUCCUGCCUGUGUUGGGAACCAUGCCGGCUGUUUUUGGAUAUACCGUUGCGAACCAUGUCAUUCUCAAGAUCUCUGGUUAUCCCCUCGAUUACAUCCCCCAAAAGGGUCGCGACAAGAUGUACGACGCCAUCCAAGCUUUCGUCCAGGCCAGCGAGGAAAAGAUGAUCCGCACCGUGACCAGCGGCCCCCGCGAGAUCUGCAUCGGCCUAAAGGUGCCCAUUCAGCAGGGCGAGGUCUCAUUCCUCGUUGAAGAUAUUUACAAGGCCAAGAGCGCCAUCACCGGCAUCCCCACCAAGCUCGUCCUGAUCAGGUGGCAAAAGCCUACCCGGGACAUCCUCAUCAGGAUAGGCGAGGGUGCGGACGAGCAGAAGUCGUCGGAUCUGAAGCUGUCCGAGCUGGUCUGCAUGACCAAGGACGAGGCGACGAGACACCAGAAGGAGGUGUUGCUGGGCGAGAAGACGCUCGAGGAGCUCUACGAUGCUGAGAUUAUUGAGAAGGUGGCGAAGAGACAGGAGGAGAUUAAGCUGUAUGAGAAGUACAGGUAA